GUUCCGUUCCGGUCCGUGCCGUCGGUUCGAUGGCGACGCGCUGCGCGCUCCCGUGGCUGCUCGCCGCUGCGGUGCUGUGCGGGGCGACAGAACGGUGCCCGUCGUGCGGGGCCGAAACGGAACGGCGGCUGUUGGAAGAGGCGGCCAAACGGCAGCUGCUGGACGGGCUGAGGCUCCGCGAAAGGCCGCGGAUCGCCCACGCGGUGCCGCGCGUUGCCGUGGCUCGGGCGCUGCGGAGGCUGCAGGCGGAAGGGCCCCGACGUGGUGACCCCCCCGAGGAUGAGAGGCGCUUUGAGAUCAUCAGCUUCGCGGAGGAAGAGCCCACGUCCUCCCCCGGCACGGUGCUGCGCUUCCACCUCUCCCCCCCUCCGGAUCAGGACGUGCGCGUUGUUCAGGUCCAGCUGUGGCUUUACGUGCGCGUUCCUCGCGGCGCGGUGACCAACGUCACCCUCAGCAUCUCCCUGCUGGAGGGGCGCGGUGACACCGGGGGGGAACGCCGCGUAUUGCUGAGCGCACGGCGGCUGAGCGCUCGGGGCAGCGGCUGGAGGACCUUCUCCAUCCUCCCCGCCUUGCGCGGCUCCUUCGGGGCGGAGCGCGGAACCCUCCGGCUGUACCUGCAGAGCUCCGGGGACGGCGGAGGUUUCGUCACCGCCUCCAACGCCACUCGGCCCCGUCGGCCCUUCUUGGUGGCCUCGGCUUCGUUGAGGGACCCGGAGCACCGCGUGGUCAAACGCAGCCUGAGGUGCAGCCGCGACUCCUCUCUGUGCUGCCGCCGGGAUCACUACGUGGACUUCAGAUCCAUCGGUUGGAACGACUGGAUCAUCAGCCCCGAGGGUUACCAGCUCAAUUACUGCGUGGGGCAGUGCCCGCUGCACGUUGCGGGCAGCCCCGGUAUGGCUUCGUCCUUCCACAGCGCCGUGCUCAGCCUGGUGAAGGCCAACAACGUGCGCACGGCCGCCCAUUCGUGCUGCGUCCCCACGCGUCGCCGCCCGCUGUCGCUCCUCUACUUCGAUCGCAACAGCAACAUCGUCAAAACCGACAUCCCCGAUAUGAUCGUGGACGCGUGCGGGUGCAGCUGAUGGAGGCAGCUCUGGGGCCCCCCCACAUCCAGGACUGCCACGGGGAGACCCCCAACCUCCCCCCCCCCCGGACUGCGGUGCGAUGGAGGGAGCGGGGAGGGAGCGGCUCCGUUCCGCCGGAGUGGGGCUGAAAGGCUUUUGUUGCGCCUCUGCCCCACUGCUGCAAAUGCGGGCUGGGGUUGGGGUCAGGGAGCGAUGCACUCACGGCCCUAAAAGCUGAGGGUGAAGGGGGAGAUGCUGCCAGGAGCCCCAGGAGGAUGCAGAGCUGCGUGUGGGGUUUCUGUCCCCUCCCAGCCCCAUUCCCCACGUGUGCAAACCCCACGUGUGUGUCUGUGUGUCUGUGUGUCUGUGUGUC